UUACAAGGGCUCACUAGACAACAGGCUGAGAGUUCCAGCAGCAUCUUCAAGACAGGUUUCAAAAAGAGGGAAAAGAACAACAGAUAUCCAAAAGAUCUUUCAGCAGCCGGCAUUAAUGGAAAAGAAUACAACAUUUCCCAAGCCUGUGGGGUUUCUGAUCGCUGGUUUUCAGAAUCUGCAACACAGUGAAUAUUAUUUCAUAUUUCUGGCUUUUGUGUACCUGGGAACUCUGGCAGCUAACUUCUUUCUAAUGUCUGUUAUAUGGCUUUCAGAGUGUCUUCAUACACCAAAGUACUUAUCAGUUUUUAGCUUAUCUGUAGUGGAUGUGAGCAUUAGCACAGUUCUUAUUCCAAAAUGUAUAGAUUUUUUUCUUUUUAACUCAAGGUUUGUGCUAUAUGAUAUGUGCAUAAUUCAAAUGUUUUUUUUUCAUUACUUCUAUUCCCUGGAAUCUCUGUCACUUGUCGUUAUGUCUUACGAAAGAUUUGUCUCUAUUUGUUUUCCACUGAGAAGCAGCACAAUCAACACAAAUUCCAGGAUGAUCAUCAUUAUUCUUCUUUGCUGGGUAUUUGCUUUAGCUAUUUUACUAGCUUCAGUGAUUUUAAUAACACGAUUGUCUUUCUGUAAACCAAUUCCAGUCAUUAUUAGUUAUUUUUGCGACCAUGGACCAGUGUUUAAAAUGGCCUGCAGUGACAACACUCAGAACUGGAAUGUUGCUAUAAUUUACAUAGUUUCUUUCAUUUUUGUGCCACUUGCAUUUAUUAUUGUGUCAUAUGUCUGCAUUAUCUUUGCCCUUUCAAGGAUUGUGUCUGCAGAGGGAAAAUGGAAAGCAUUUAAAACAUGCUCAGCGCAUUUGAUCUUAGUUGCCAUAUUUUUUGUUCCUGUUCUAGUAACAUAUAUGAUUGCAUGGGUAAACAUAACAAUCGAUAUUGACACUAGAAUCCUAAAUACAUCUCUAUCAGCUACAUUGCCUCCUCUGUUAAAUCCAAUCAUAUACACGUUAAAAACUGAGGAGGUAAUGGAGCAAGUUAAAAAGUUAUUCAAAAGGGUUAAACCACUUCAUUAA